AUGCUCAUCUCACCACUCCACCAAGAUCAUCUCGUCCCGGAGACAUUAAUGGCGGACACAAGCCCCGUCAUCCGUCCUGAGACGCCUCCGGACUUGCAUAUCCCAGAUUCGCAGGCCACUGUGAAGGUGUCAAUCAUUGAUACCACUAGUUAUAUGAGCAACUUUCCCAUGUGGGCUUUCCUCGACCCAUUGAUGCCUGGGCAUGAGGAGAUGAAAGGUUGCGACUUUUCCUUUAUUAUUGAACAUCCCAAGAGUGGCAACAAGUAUGACACUUUGCUCUUUGAUCUUGGUGUCCGCAAAGACUGGGAGAAUUUACCGACACCAUUUGUCCAAGGUAUCAAGGCAGGGGGUUGCAAGAUUGAGGUGCAAAAAGAUGUCGCCACUAUUCUGAAGGACAACGGGAGAGACUUGUCCGAGGUGGGAGGUAUUAUUUGGUCUCACUGGCACUUUGACCAUGUUGGCGAUGCCCAGACAUUCCCAGGCACAACAGAUAUCAUCGUCGGACCCGGGUUCAAGAAGGCCCACGUCCCAGCCUGGCCUACAGAUCCUGAGUCUCAUAUUGACGAAAAGGCAUGGCAAGGUCGCACACUGCGCGAAAUUGACUUUGCUGCAGAAGAAGGAAAAGGCCUGAAGAUCGGCCAAUUUGAUGCUCUCGACUUCUAUGGCGACGGAAGCUUUUACCUCCUAAACACUCCUGGUCACACCAUCGGCCAUCUUUCCGCCCUUGCUCGAACAACAGUUGAUCCCCCAACCUUUAUCUUCAUGGGGGGAGAUAUCGCACACCACGGAGGAGAGUUCCGGCCAACACCAUACAUGCCUCUUCCCGCCGAGAUCUCGCCCAACCCAUUCAACCGCGUUUUACUACGCCCAGCGCUUACAUGCCCUGGAGAGAUCUUUGUUGAGAUUCAUCGCAACAAGAGCCGCACAGAGCCCUUUUUCGACCCGACCACCGCCGAGGGCGCGUGGCAUCACUGUGCUCACGAAGCGAAACGCAGCAUCGACAAGCUGACCGAGUUCGAUGCUUACGAGAAUAUUUUCCCUGUCAUUGCGCAUGAUAACAGCUUGUAUGGCGUUGUCGAUGUUUAUCCAAAACCAGCAAAUGAUUGGCUCGCAAAGAGUUGGAAGGACAAGACCAGAUGGGGUUGGCUCAAUGAGUUCGACCCUAGUAUUGCAGGAUUGGCCAAGGCUAGUGAACCAUGA